AUGCAGCGGCUAUCGAAUGCGCUCUUGACGCGCGAUAGAUAUGCGCCAGCUCUAUACCGCUCACAAGUCAGCGCGCUACUCAAGCUGCUGAACAGCACGUGUAACAAGUGCUCCACGCGAAAUCUCCAGCGAUGCAGGGACGCGAUCUUGAUACAUAUCCUUCCUUCCUCUACCAGGACUACUGCUCUGCUGAAGUAUCUGGUCUCUUUGGGUAAAGCAUGGGAACCACGAGCCAAGGACUACACGCCACGACCAGAGGAGCUGGAAGGACUCAGUGCUGACGCUGUACCGCCGAGCUCGGCAUAUAAGCGGCUGCAUAUCCUCUGCAUCCUGGACAGUGUUUUAACGAGCAUCACCGGCUUGAGAGGAUCGAGCCAGGCACCACCAGCAUAUCAGCAUCUGAAUCUCGCGAACGUCAUUGUCGACCUCAAGCGGUAUGGCCUCUCACUCUUCAAGCUGGCUGCUUGUCGAGGGGUUAUGACAGCAGACCAAGUCAGCGAUCAGCUCAAGCAACUUGCCACUAAAUGGCAGGAGCUGAAGAUCUUUGACAAAGACGAGAUCGAGCGCAUUGCCGCCACCGCAAAGACUGUCCAGGACAGAGACUGGAAUCGUACGCUCACAGAAAUUGCUUUGGACGAACAGCAGCGACUCACUGAGGAGAAGAAGGCCGAGGCAGAAGCUUACAAGUGGGUGCUGCCUGUUCGUCAUGGUGUCAAGGACGAUCCUGAGGCACCUUGGUGGGAGCUGCCAGCCGCGAACGGUCUGUACAUGAAGAGCACACGAGGGUUCCCUAUCCGCGCCGCUGCUUUCCCACGCGGUGGCUACGAAGUGACAAACGGAGGCCGGGAAGCAGAUCCUGACCUGAAGCACGAGGUCACAUCAUUACACAAGGAACUACUUCACUGUUUUGAUGACUUUACAAAUCCUGAUGAGGUGCAAGACAUCGAUGCACUCGGUAACAAAGUCUGGAAGGACCCGGAACGGCCCACACGCAACUACUGGGGCUUCACGUACGAUGGUGUUGAGAAAGCGAGAGAGAACAGCAGAAAGUUUCGGGAGACGGCGACUGGCUACAAUGGCGUACCGAUGCUUCCACCUGAUCUGAAUCCGUUCGAUGAAGUCGAUGGCGCAGUGCAGCGUGCCAGAGCAUUGGCUGCCAGUCGAGGCACGGGUUGUGGCUUCGAUCGCGGUGGAGGACGAGGUCGGGGCGCCGGUGGUUCUGGGGGUCGAGGAGGACAGUGGCGCGGUCCGCCUCGUGGCAAUGGUUACCGUGGCGGUGGCCGUGGAGCAUAUCAAGCUCGACCUUACUAA